CACAAUUCUUCUACAUUCACUACGACAAGAGCUAAUUCAUUGAUUAAUUCCCUGCACGCUAAGAGCAACUUAAGCAUGCAAACCCCGGUGAGGUUCUCAAGUUGCAGAGGUGUGGCCUUUGAGAUAAAACCUCAUGCAGACCCAUUUGCUAUUAACCCAACACCACCCCAAAAUAAGCCUUCAAACAACACUAGUAGGUUCUGGUUUCCUUGGUAUCAAGGCAACUCCUCCAAAGUCUUACCGUCCUCCAUCCAAAGAUCUUUGAGUCGACCAAGCAGUCAUUUCUGUGAUCUCGAUCUCGAUGAUGAUGAAGAAGAAGAAAAUGAGCAAGACAUCAUCCUGGAGAGAUUGGAAGAAGGCAAAGAUUAUGAGGAAGAUGAGAAGCCACGCCUUCUUCCCUCUGCAGUCAGCAAACGUUCAGGACAACCACCAAAGCCAGCUCGAAAGCCAGAGUCCAGGCUAUCCAUCAUAUUGCUCGAUCAAGGACUGUUCACUGUGUACAAGAGACUCUUCGCCGUUUGUUUAACCCUAAACAUCACCGGAUUGGUCCUUGCAGCUACUGGACACUUCCCAUAUGCACGAAACAGAGCUGUCCUGUUUUCCAUCGGAAACAUUCUUGCUCUUACACUCUGUAGAAGCGAGGCCUUUUUAAGGGUAGUUUUUUGGCUUGCAGUCAAGGUGUUGGGGAGAUCUUGGGUGCCGCUCCAAAUGAAGACUGCCACCACCGCCCUCCUCCAAAGUCUCGGAGGAAUACACAGUAGCUGUGGAAUUUCUUCAAUUGCAUGGCUAAUAUACGCCUUGCCAUGUAGGGCUAGUGUAUGCCUGCUCUGGGUGGCUAAGGAAAUUAAGCAGAACUUUGGGAAAGAAAUCGAGGAGAUGGUGAGCCGACAUCCUAAGGACAAGGUAAUUGUCCAUGACACCGCCCUGUUUGGUCGGCCUAAUGUGUCUGAAAUGAGCGUAGAAGCUGCCAAGAAGUGGGAAGCUGAAGUGGUCAUUGUUACAAGCAAUCCUGAAGGAAGCCGAGAUGUUGUGAAUGCAUGCAAGGCAUCAGGAAUUCCAGCCUUUGGUCCCAUUUGGGAUUCCUAAAGUCUAAUUUGCUUUGUCUGAAUUAAAUAUUAUCGUCACCCUAUCCUUUCUUCAUUUCUAAUUUUUCUUUAUUCUUCAGAGCGUUUUACAAAUGCCAGAAUUGGUCCAUUGUCAUCAAAAGCCAUCCUGUUAUUGACUAUACUAUUGAAUGAUAGUUGGAAUCAGAUAAAUGAUAAUACUGCAU